AUGUACCCAGGUAUGUGGCAGUCUAUCCGAACCCGGAUGUCCGCCCGUGAGACGGUGCGUGCGUGUGCGUGCAGAAUUGAGGCCGCUCGCAUCGGUCUGCGAUCGCAGCAACUUUCGAGCCACUGUAGCUGGCAACUUGACAACAAAAUAUUAUGUGCAUCAAAAGGCAAAGAAAGACUUUAGCACUCAAAAUGGGUAAAUACGAGAAUAAGUUCGGCGAAAGUCGGACGGAUAGGAACCAAGCCCACAAAACCAUGCGUUUUGCAGACUAGCAGCCGGAAAACACUGUUCCUUACGUACGAAUUUCAGUCGCUGAACUUUCCUAAACUACGAUGCUAAAAUAUUGUUUUCCUGACGCUCUAACUGGGACAAUUCUCCUCCGAAUUUUAAGGCUAAAGUCUUCCGUAAAUUUACGGAAGAUUGAUGUGUACCUACUGAUCUAUGGCCUAGCAGUCCCACUGCCACAACACCCUACUGUGACGACAUACGGAGACUGAGUAAUAAGUGCCUCAAUGAUCGGCACACAGACGUCACACAUCAAAAAUAAAAAGAAUCCUUUCCAAUUAGGAUACUAGUAUAAUAACGAUCGAGAUAACAAAGAGGUACGGAAGUGGGAGAGAAACGGGUAGGACAAUAAGUCCUAACAAUAAGAUAACAAGGAAGGACGCAGCCGGCUGCGGAAACGAGGUGAAAAGUUAAACGAAUGGAUUGCUAUCUGGGCCGUGUUGGUUUUAACGUUGGUCGUGGGCUCCUAACUUGGCCCUGAAAGAGGAAAUAAAAGUAUUGGAUAAUAAAAAAUUACCGUUAAGCGCGUAGGUUCGUAACACUACUGUGACAACCAUACUCAACGGCACUUUUUUUCAUCCAGUACUUUUAUUUGCUUUUUUAGGACCACGUUCGAAGCCCACGAACAACCUUAACAACCAACAGGGCCCCGAUAACAAUCCAUUCGUCUAAUGUUUCCCCUCAUUUCCGAUCCCGCGUAUCGAUGACAAUAUGGACGCACCAGCCGGCGCGUCUUGGUUCGCCAGCCUCGAUCUCUCUCAUAGUUACUGGCAAAUAGAGGUCCGACCGCAGGGCCGUCACGAGACAGCGUUCAUCCUCCCCACCGGGCUCUACCAGUUUAACACUACACAUGGGUCUCGCGAAUGCCACAGCCACUUGCCGAAGGUUAAUGCAGCUCGUCCUGCUUCGUCUACUUGAAUGACAUUAUUCACGGCAAGUCCGUCAGUCGCUUACUCGAAAACUUGGAUAAAGCGGCGGAUAAGACGAAAUGCAACGAAUAAUUAUAGCAAGGGUAAAAAUACGGGGUCGUUGUGCGUGUUGAGGUGGAUGCACGUCCGGAGACCUCCUUGAAGGGGAACUUCUGCCCGGCCGGAGUCGUUAACGGGUACAUGUUCCCGACUUUGGUCCGCCAGUACUCCAGGUUGGACCCGUUCCGCUCGAAGUGCUCCCCGCCUUCUUCACGCUCUCGUUCCAGAACAUCCCCCGUUUCCGCUGGCGGAUCAUUAAGUCGUUGUUCAGGACGAGCUGGACGGCCCACUAGUUGGACAGGAACGCGGGCAUGGUAACGCGCACCCGGGAGUAGGCGGCGACGGUGGGGACGCAGGGGAUGUGGACAACGUGGCCCAGUUCUUCCAGCACUACACCGUCCAGUGCACCUACAAGGAGGGCCCCGAAACCAUCGCCGUCAUCCAUAUUCCCUCCUGCGUCCCCAUCGUCGCCGCCUACUCCUGGGUGCGCGUUACCAUGCCCGCUGACUGGACGACCAACAAGUUCCUGUCCAACCAGUGGGCCGCCCAGCUCGCCCUAAACAGCGACUUAAUGGUCCGCCAGCGGAACUGGGAGAUGUUCUGGAACGAGAGCGUGAGGAAGGGCGGGGAGCACUUCGAGCAGAACGGGUUCAACCUGGAGUACUGGCGGACCAAAGCCGGGGACAUGUACCCGUUAAUGACUUCGGCCGGGCAGAAGUUCCCCUCCAAGGAGGGCUCCGGGACGUACGACGAGGACGACUUGAACGCCUGGUUGAACUCCUUUCAGACCCCGCAGGUCGCCGCCCCUGCCCAGCCCCACCACGCCGCCGAGCAGGCCAACUUCAGGUGCCACUCCGUCAUGGCCGGGAACAGGUCCAGCAUGGAUCAGGUGGAGAUCAGCAGCAUCCUAUGGUCGGUCCUCUUUAAGUUCAUCCACCUUAACACGCACAAUGACCCCGUAUUUUUACCCUUGCUAUAA